AUGGUGAAGGGUGAAAGGGGCUUAAAAGUAGCGCGUGAGGUACGGGAGGAGUUUAAGGGGGCGGGGGAGAAGAGGAGGGAGAAGAGGAGAUUACGGGGAUCCGAUGAGGGAAGGGCGGAGUCACGGGGAAGAGGGAGAGGGAAGCGAGGAAGAUGGGGAGCGAGAGGAGGGAGCGAGUGGAGGGAGUGGAGGGAGAGGAGGGAGAGGAGGGAGAGGAGGGAGAGGAGGGAGAGGAGGGAGAGGAGGGAGAGAAUAGAGACAAGGGAGAGGGGGAGGAGGAAGAACAAGCCGCGGAAGAGAGACGAGGAGAACGAGGGGGAGGAGGAGGAGGAGGAGGAGGAGGAGGAGGAGGAGGAGGAGGAGGAGGAGGAGGAGGAGGAGGAGGAGGAGGAGGAGGAGGAGGAGGAGGAGGAGGAGGCAAACGAUGAGGAUGAUGAGGAGGAAGUGGAAGACGCCUCCUUCCCCCCUGCUCCUCCCACCCAUUUCCCCCUUGCCCCCUUCCUCCCUGCUCCUCCCACCCAUCUCCCCCUUGCCCCCUUCCCCCCUGCUCCUCCCACCCAUCUCCCCCUUGCCUCCUUCCCCCCUGCUCCUCCCACCCAUUUCCCCCUUGCCUCCUUCCCCCCUGCUCCUCCCACCCAUCUCCCCCUUGCCUCCUUCCUCCCUGCUCCUCCCACCCAUCUCCCCCUUGCCUCCUUCCCCCCUGCUCCUCCCACCCAUUUCCCCCUUGCCUCCUUCCCCCCUGCUCCUCCCACCCAUCUCCCCCUUGCCUCCUUCCCCCCUGCUCCUCCCACCCAUCUCCCCCUUGCCUCCUUCCCCCCUGCUCCUCCCACCCAUUUCCCCCUUGCGCCCUUCCUCCCUCCCCCCUGCCUCCUUUCCCCCUCCUCCUCCCACCCAUUUCCCCUUGCCUCCUUCCCCCCUGCUCCUCCCACCCAUCUCCCCCUUGCCUCCUUCCCCCCUGCUCCUCCCACCCAUCUCCCCCUUGCCUCCUUCCCCCCUGCUCCUCCCGCCCAUCUCCCCCUUGCCUCCUUCCCCCCUGCUCCUCCCACCCAUUUUUCCAUUGCCUCCUUUCCCCCCUGCUCCUCCCACCCACCUUCCCCCUUUCCCCUUACAACCAUUCACCCCUUAGCCUCCUUCCCUCCCCGCUGCCCCUCUCAACCAUCUUCCACCUUACCUCCUUCGUCCCAGCCCCACAACAAGCAGGUGUUAGCAUUGUGA